UUAUUUCAUUGCGCUUUUUAUUCUCCUUCGCAAGUUUUUUUUGGGGCAAAACAUUAAGGUGAUCCCACAGAUAUUUUCGCCGUAGUUUUUUCUAUAGGCUUGGUACUCUUUUUUUCUGUCUGUUUUUAGAUAUUUUCGCUCUUAUCGGCUUUCGAACUGUGAGCGAGACAACACUGUGUUGUGAAUCGUUGUGGCGAUCGAUGUGGCGCAACCCUUUUUUGGAUUUUGUGUGCGGCAACUUGUCGUAGUCUUGCGGUAACUGCGCACUCGUAGAGUUUAACGGUUUCAAAAGAAAAGGUUUUUUACGUAAAUGAAAAGAAAUCAAAACGAUCGAUGUCGUUCAAAGUGAAAAAGAUACAAAUUUUAUAGUUUCUAUUACAUUUUUUGUGAUAUUUUAUCUAAGAACCUGUUGUGUGCAAUUUUUAAAUCGUUUGUGCAAUCGUGCUAUUUUUCGCCGUCGGGAAAAAAAUAUCUUGAAGAAAAAAAAAAAAAAUAAACAAAAAUCGUAGAUAAAAUUGUAUCUUAAGGAUUUGAUCCAAAUCAAGGGUGUUUUUGAAAAUUGAAAACAAAGAGAAAAAAAGUAACAAAAAAAGAAACUAGUGUUGUGACUUUUAACAGGAUAUAAAUUACCUACCCUCCCAUCAACCCCCUCAACAUUAUAAUUUUAAAUAUCGGAACCUAUUUGCGACGCAAUUGAGAUACAACGUAUCUUCGUGUAUCUAUCACCUGUUAAUUGGAAAAUCAGAAAAACGACAUGAAAAUUUUCACCAAAAGUCGAUUUAAGGAAAAAAACUAAACAAAAUUUAUAUAAAAUCUUUGGCUGCAACCAAAAAAUAAAACUAAAUUAACCAUUUUAAGAACAAAUAAAAACAAGAAAGAAAAAAAUAAAAGUUCCUCGAACAAAAAGCUAGCAACACUCGAUUAUGCCAUUACUCUUAGCCAAUCAUCAAAAUAUUGUUUCAUCAUCCUACGGAAUGUUACUUGAUCACAAUAGAUUCAGCCGAAGCAGAAGUAGUUUCAUCGCCCUGGAACAUCAGCAACCCAUCGACUUUACAAUGUCGAAAUACAAAACAGCCGAUUCGAGCAAUAGCCCCAGCCUCAUCAAUACCAACAGCAGCAUCAGCCAAACGGCAAUCAACGAUGACAUCGCCAUCAGCAGCCAUCUGCAUCACCAUCUAUCGCACAAUCAUUAUCCGCAUCAUCAUGAUCAUCAUCUAUUUCAGCCGCACUCGCAGUCGCUAUCGCAAUCGCAAUCGCAUCCGCAUUCGAAUAGACAGAACACAUCGCCAAUGCAUCAGCUUAGCCAUUUAUUUGGCAUUGCUGGCAGCGGGAUACAACUUCCACAGCAUGAAGUUGCACCACUUCCAAUGCCACCCACUACCACAAUAUCAUCGUCUUCUUCUACGUCGUCGUCGUCAUCGUCAUCAGCAGCGCUUCCACAAUUCCAUCCCGGCUUCCAUCAUUUGGUAACAUUCAGUCCGCAACAUCAGCAACAGCUGCAGCAGUUGUACACGGAGUUCUGCAACAGCAGCAGUAGCAAUAACAACUGCAGCGAUCCGACUUCUGGUUCGCUUCCACCAAUGGUCCAACAACUGCCUCCACCUCAAUCCCCAUCGCAAGCCAUGGUUCAAGUUCCUGUAUCAGCUCCAAUACCAGUUCCACUCUCGGCUGUGGUAGCUGCUAGUGCGGGUGGUUCGGCCCCGCUGCGGUCCACGACGACGCCUCCAGUCAAUGCCGAUCACCAUCUUCACCACCACCAUCAACCGCAACCGCAAGCGGCACCGCCGCCGCCUCCGCCACCUGCACCGUCCGAAGAUACAAAUCUAUCGGAAAAUUGGCACCAAAAAUCUUUAACCAAAAAUAACAGAAUAUCAUCACCCCCACCAAUUAGUCUCCUAAAUGAACCUGCUGUCAUCGAUCAUCAUCGGCAAACACCUUUAACAACUACUGUCAAAAAUGAAGAUGCAUCCUCCAUCAAUGACCAUCAUCAUCAUCAUCAUCGACCUGCAACAGAAAUUGAAUUACCAACGAAAACUGGUAAGAAAAAACAGUCGGUGUAUAUUUUAUAUUCGAUAUACAAGUAA